AUGGCCUUUAAUUCAACAUUUUGCUUGAACACAACGGAAUUAAGCGAUGACUACGAUGCAAAUUCAACAUCGACAAUUUUAGAAAUGCCUAUUCCGCUAAUUUUUUUUCAGUGCAAAUUAUUGGCUGAUAGCACUGUUGGUUUAAUAAGCUGCUUUUUGAACAGUUUUAUCAUUUAUGUUAUUAAAUAUAAAGCUGAUACUACAAUACCUGUAUUUUUUGCUUUAGCAAACCUUGCUAUAGCUAAUAUCUUAUUAGCCACCACGUUGUCGCUUGCAGACUUUAUAACACUAUUGCAAUAUCGUUCUAUUACUUUAAUACCUUGGGUCAGUUAUACCGUAUGCGGUUUCUUGAUUCCUCUUGCUAUUACGGCUAAUGUAGUUAUAAAUGGUAGUUUAAUAUUUAUUAGCAUUGCUCGCUAUCAAAAAGUUAAACAUUCCGAAGUCCAUGGUCGACGCCUUGCAAAUCGGCAGGUUAUAUUAGUUUUAAUCCUUUUGUGGUGUAUUGGUGUAGUUUGGGCUAUUCCAUCAGCGAAAUCGAAUGUUAAUCAACAAUCCAUUUUCCAUUUGUGCGAUCUACUAACAGUAGAUCGAACACAGCAAAGUUUUUUACUCAUUUCAUGCUCUUUAAUAGUUGUGUUACCUGCAAUUAUCACGACUUACUGCCAUUACAGAAUAUCAGUCCACCUUAGCAGCACUAUCUCUAUCUCAUCUAUGACAAAUUCUACCAUUACCAACCAUCUAGAGAAACAGAACUCAUCAUUUCAUGCAGGGUUCCAACGAAAAAAAGAUAUUAUCAAAAUGCUUCGUAAACUAUCUCUACUUCAAUUUUUACUUAAUGUAACAUGGCUAAUUUCUAUUUCUAUGACUGUGUUGGGCAAUCAACACUUUCACAAAAAUAUUACCAGUAUCUGCUUUAUUAUACAAAAUUUGGCAAUGUUAAUAGCCGGUAUUACCAGCCCUGUCAUUCAUAUUAAUUAUAUUCAACGUUUUCGUGAACCUUUACAUUCCUUUUUUUUACCUUUACGACGUUACAUCAGCCGAUGUAAUGAAGCAGAUCGUGCUGAUCAAACUUUCUCAUUACGGAUAACCUUUUUCGACUGCUCUUAUGAGGGAGGAGAAGUGAUUUACGAUGGAAUUCCCAGAACGUGA